AUGACGGCGCCCCAGUCGCACGUCGCCACGCCUGUUUCCAGCCGUUUCGCGCCCCGCAGCAGCUGGCCGCUCCUCGUCAUCUUCUUCUCUGGUGUCUUGGCUACAUGCGUCGUCUUCCUCGUCAGCGAUUGGCAGCCUGUGGACCGCAGGAACAUUGGCAACGUCCCGUCGUCCGAGUUCUUGGCGUAUGGACCAAUCGACGUCGUGUAUACGUGGGUCAACGGCACGGACCCGCGCUGGAAGAAAGAGAAGGAGUUCUGGCACAAGCACUGGAUCGCGUCCUUAACGGGUCAACCGCUGCCCGUGUGGGGACAAGACGCGGACGUGAAGGGGCACGACGAUUCGAACGCGGACAAUCGAUUCCGAGACAAUGAAGAGCUCCGGUACUCGCUGCGGUCACUGGAGAAGUACGCGCCGUGGGUGCGCCACAUUUACGUGGUCACUGACGGCCAAAUCCCGUCGUGGCUAGACAUUGAGUCGCCUCAAAUCAGCAUUGUCAAGCACGGUGACAUCUUUAUGGAUCCAAGUCAUUUGCCGGUGUUUUCGUCGCCCGCUAUUGAGUGGAACUUGGACAAUAUUCCAGGCUUGAGUGACAUGUUUCUCUACUUCAACGACGACGUGUUUCUGGGCGCACCAGUACGCCCGGAAGACUUUGUGAGCCAAGCAGGCGUGCAAAAAGCGUACUUUGCUUGGGAGAUUCCACUCUGUGCUACAAGGUGUGAGGAGUCGAGACUGGCCAAUGGGAGGUGUGAUGCGAGUUGUAAUGUGACGGCGUGUGAUUUCGAUAUGGGUGACUGUGGAUGUGAUGUGAACCCGCUUGAUGGGGCGGUGACGUGUGACGCUGAGAAGAUUGCGAAAAUACUUGAAGACUCGCCAAAACCUUCAAAGAUGAGCGAGUAUUUGUGCCAAGGAGCGUGUAAUUACCAAUGGCUGGGGAACGGUGUGUGCAACCAGCCUUGCAAUGUCAGUUCGUGCGCGUUCGAUGGAGGGGAUUGUAAAGUGCAGAACGAGGAUCAUGGUCACCAGUCACAAGCUCAUGGUGGCGUGGAGGAAGAUGAGGAAAGAUUGUCGCCGCUUGUAAAGGAACUUUGGUCAGCGGAUAUUUCAACAAGCCACACGCUUGUACAUGUGCCAUUGGAUGUCAAUUCUACGUACUUAAACUUUACGGAUGCAUUUGGCGUGAAUGGAAGUAUCUGGAGUGCUGCUCAUGAUAAUGAAAAACUCAUUCGUUUCGCGUCAGUAUACGAGACGGAAAUGGUCUUGCUGCUGGUGUUUGGCCGUGACAGCGAGGCCCACCCGAUGACAAGUAGUGUUCAGAUAUCAGUUGUUGGUGAGGACGCAGAGGAAAACCUUGUCGAGUUGAAGUUCUUAAUUGUGCGAGGAGAACAACGCAUUGAGCCGUCUUUUGGUCCUGCGCAAGUGGGGCUGGCUACUCUUGACAUUUCUGGAGGCAUGUUUACCUAUCAGAAUACAAGCAUCCGGCCGAACACCGUUCGGCUGCCUUUCGAGUUUCGGCAAGCUACCUUUUGCACUGCGGUCCAGUCUCCCGGUGACGAUGUGGAGCAUACCAUGACGACAGAGACAGUCGAGAGCAAGGAUGCUGCUGUUGUUGACGGAGGGUUGUUCGGCGAUGCGCCACAAGUCGAGAUUUUUCUGCCGCUCAAUGUGACAGGAAAGGAACUGAGAAACGGAGAUAUUCUCAGCCUCGGAUGGCAUACAUACGUACGCCUGCACAAUGACGAAGAAGAUAUACAUUGGCGCGAUGAAGACGUUUGUCAGCUCUGGAUUCCGACGAUGGAGAAUCCGACAGACGUACCGGGUGCGUCUGAUAACGUAGUUGGUGAUGGAACUGAAAAGGUGGAUGUGAUCGUAGAUAGCAGCCGAGCCUCUUCAUCUGAUGGAACGAAAAUGCAGUCUGACACUACUUGUUCUUCCGACGAUGACACUGGAGAGUCACAGGAUGAAAAGACUUGCAAGCAACGUAAUGCAAUCUUGGAUAGUGCAAAUGGGGACGCUGAAGCUGCAUUCUAUGACGCAGACAGCGAAAUAGCAAAAUGUCGUCUUGCCAGUGAUAACAAGGGUAUUAUCGUCACGGUGCGCAUGCUGCCACCUCAUGCGCACUCUUUGCUUCUGGCGACCAGUAAGGUUGAUGAGGAAAACGAGGAGGACGAGGAGGCAGAUGAAGAAGAGGAGGCCGAUGCAGAUGAUACGUAUCAAGGCAUGGAAGAUAGUAGCAUGUGCUCGGUCAUGGACAAUGCUGCCAGAACUUGUAGCGAAACGGACGUUGCGAUGGAAGAGGGCGGGAAGGUUGACCUGCUGGUGACUGAUGGACAUAUCUGCUUCUUUGACACGAACGACGCUGAUCCGUCACGCUACCGCUAUUGUUUUGCAUUGGCGAUGGGGCACUUCUACUCCGAACAAGUGGAAAUAGUGCACAAACCAACGCUUUGGGCUCUGCUGCAUCCGCCCAAGCCAAAAGUGGUUUACACACCUUACAUGGGAGAUGAUCCAGCGCUAUUGGAGCUGUUCGACCAGUGUAUUGACAGUACCACACGGUCCAUUGGGGUUCGGCCGCCAAUUUGCUACCCGAAUGAAGAGCCUGUCCUGCACCCGUCCGACAAGGAGGCUAGCGAGGUGGACGUGCAGAAUCAACUAGACAAGGAAGCAGACGGCCGUCAACUUGCGUGUGAGGCUCAGAGACGAAGACUGGCACAGCACAAGGAGCAUGACCAGGAUGGCCGUGAAGCUCGUGCUAAAGAUGGGAUUCUCGGUACAUUGGCUUCCUUUUAUGAGGACAUCAAGCUUGCCCUUGGUAUUGGACAUGUGGUGCCUACCACUGACAGUCUGACUGAAGUUGAGUACGCAGACGUUUGUGGACCAUUAUCUGUACCAGCAAGCGAGGACAAGCACGAGGUGACGCUAGAGAAUGCACAAGCGCACCUGUCGAAGGACACGUUUGGCGAUUCACUACGUUUUGUGAACAAACUGUAUAAUCGCGUGUUUGGCAAGCCCACGACGUCUGAUCGACGCCGUGUACCAUCACACAUGCCGUUCUUGCUGCAGAAGUCGAUGAUUCGCGAAAUCAAGGACUACUGGACGAAGGAGGUGAACGAUACGUCGGCGCACCGUUUCCGACACCCGCAGGAUAUGCAGUUCAGCUUUUCGUACUUUCACUACUUGAUCAAUCGUGCCAAGAUCCAUCCACAUACGCUGGAAGAGGUCUGGCACGAAUAUAUCGACGCAAACCGGAACGGGAUCCUGGACGAGGACGAGGUGUUGACUGCUGCUAGUCUGGCACACGGAGAUGCACCUUCCGAAGCCUUUGUGGCGGACGUGCGCAAGUGUGUGCAACCAGAAAAGCGCGAGAAGGCGCGUGAGACGUUGACAGCCGAGGGAACGCUUCGACUUACUGAGACGUUGACUCCGCAUAUCACGUUGGAAAACCUUGAGCGAUGUCCUGAGGUACGCGAUGCUUUGAUCAAGAAUGUGCGCUACGAAUCGAUGGUGGAGCUGAUGCCAGAGACCGAAGUGACAUUCCACAUGCUGAGUGACAACUACAAGUUUGCGUGGAAGCAAAUGAUGGGCACACGUGCUCGUCGUACCAAGUUCGUGUGCAUUAAUGACGACAUGAAGAAUCCGUCGACAGCAGUGAGUCAGAUCCUGCACGAACUCUUUCUGUCCAUUUGGCCCAAACGUUCGCAGUUUGAGCUGCCGUAUCACCUCAAGAAUCGCUAUGCGCACAUUGACGAAUACCAUGCCGCACAGGCGCGUCGUCAAGUAGCUGCUUGGAUUGCAGUGACGAUCCUGCUGCUCCUCGCGUUCGUCUGUCGCAACGUACUCCGUGCGAUGUUUGGCUUCCAGGACAUUGCUCGGGCGCGAGCUGCGUCUGCUUCACAACUCGCUCAGGAGUUCCAGCAAGAGGUCGAAGGGCGUGACGAGCCAUCGAAGAACCGCGAACUCGAUGCCACCACUACCUCUUCAUAG